GUCUCCAUGGGUAUCUGCAUAUCCUCUGAAUCUUCAGCGAUUCAUGGAGCGCCUGAAGAAGCUCGUGACGAAAAUGUGUUUGUGUUUGAAGCAACCAAGCUUCUCAGGGGACUUUCCUCUGCUUACUCUAAACAAGGUACCAAAGGGCUCAACCAAGAUGCUGCAACACUUUGUCAGGUUUAUGGGACGGCAAACGCAGCAUUCUGUGGAGUUUUUGAUGGGCAUGGAAGGAAUGGUCACAUAGUGAGCAAAAUAGUGAACAGCCGUUUGUGUUCACUCAUAGUGGACCAUAAAAAAGUGCAUGCAAAGAUUGAUAAGAAGAACAUCACAAGGCAUGUGGAGACAGUUGAAGAGGACUCACAAGCUCUACUAAACAAGAAUUUUGAAGAAUGGAAAGAAGCCAUUCUUGAUGGUUUCAGGGUGAUGGACAAGGAAGUGAAGCUACAAGAGAAUCUGGACUGCUCUUGCAGUGGAACUACGGCUGUAGUUGUCAUAAGACAGGGUGAAGAUGUUGUCAUAGCUAACCUUGGUGACUCUAGAGCAAUCUUGGGGACAAUCUCUGACGGUGAAAUCAUGCCCAUUCAAUUGACGACGGAUAUGAAACCUGGAUUACCUUGCGAAGCGGAACGAAUAAAAAGUUGCAAUGGCCGUGUAUUUGCCCUGAAGGAAGAACCACACAUCCAGCGAGUGUGGUUACCCGAUGAGAACUCUCCAGGUCUGGCCAUGUCUCGGGCUUUUGGAGAUUUCAUGCUCAAAGACCACGGCAUCAUUGCCAUCCCUGAAAUUUCGCAUCGCACUCUAACAUCUACCGACCAAUUUAUUGUUCUUGCAAGUGAUGGGGUGUGGGAUGUGCUAAGCAACGAGGAGGUUUCCUCAAUAGUGUGGGCAGCAGACACUGAAAAUGAAGCAGCAAGGGCUGUUGUGGAAGCAGCAGCGUUAGCAUGGAAAAGCAAGUAUCCUUCUUCUAAGUUAGAUGACUGCACAGCCGUUUGCCUCUUCCUACAGAAGAAACCCUCAUAAGUUCCUUUUUUCUUGGUAACAAAGUUGCCAUGUGAACGUGAAAUUAUAGCUCCUUACAUUACAUACAUAGCGCCUCGCAUGUCAUGUUGGGAAUUUACAUAGAAAACUGAUAAGAAGAUGUACUGCUUGUGUUAUUCUCAGUUAGCAUCCUCUAGUUUCUCUUUUUUACUUUAUAAAUCUCUAUGUAUCUCCUAUAA